CAACGRCACGUCGGSGCAAGGAGUUGAAAGUUUAGAUUGUAUUGAGAGUGCGCGAGUUCUGGGGGCGGCUUUCACGACAUAAUAUUUCACACAUAAACUAAUGAUGGCGAUGCAGGCGGCAAUCAUGCAGGAUGAAGUGGCUGCUGCUCUGUUGGAAGAGGAGGAGGCGCCGCUGGAGGUGGUGAGGAUGCACAAACGACAGAUAGAGGAGCUCUAUGAAGUGCUUACUCACCAUCAACAGGAUUUAUCAGCGGAGCUUUUGGACGAGGGGGAGGAAGUGCUCAACGGAUGGGACGAGGAGAUCCGCGCGCAUUUUUCUCUUCAACGAUUGGGUAUUACCGAGAGAGCACAGGUGACAGCUGAGAUGGGCGAUUGUGCUGAGAUGAUAAGGAAAUUGAGAGGAGUUUUCGUAAAGCUUUGGGAGGGGCUGCAUGUGAAGACGACAUGUGGAGGUUCGCAACAGGGUAGUUGCGUGGGGCUUGUGGAGGGGCAAGUGCCUGGCGCUACGACGCGGGAUCGCUUGCAUGCAAUCGAUGACGUGGGUGUUCCAAUUGCUCUUUCGAACAACGAGCUCGGAAUUAGCCGCGAGGAGCCUGAGGAGAGGCAGGUUUGUUGUGGUGAACUGGAGGCGCGUUUGCUUGUGGAUGUCGAAGAGUGCUCUCGGGGCGGAGGGGGGAUUGCGGUUUUGUGCGAUGAUAACAACAGCAACAACAACAACAACAACGGAGAGCUGCACUUUUGUGUGGACAGGGGCGAUGAAAACAACAAUAACAACAUCAACAACAAUAACAACAGCAACAACAAUAACAACAACGACAAUCGCACCGGUAUUGAAGGUGAUUGGUGUGGGGAGGGUGUUGACAACAAAAUAGCCAACGAAAACAACAUUAGCGGUGACGAUUGCAGUAACAACAACAACAUUGGCAACCACUAUAAUACCGGCGAAGAAGGUGAGCUUCGUGCAUGUUUCUACGGCGGCCAGGUUGUAAGCAAUGGAAGUGAUAGUAUUGAUUUCGGGAGGGGUAUGCCCGUUGCUAUAUGCGGGAGAGGUGAGCUUCUUGGGGGGGGGUCGUCUUUGGGCAUGUUUACAAUGAUUCGGGGCCCAUCGACUGUGCGGAACGUCAUUCUGCUUCGUUCAUGGGAUCCGGGUGGGGUUGGGUGGUGAACGGCUGGAGCGGCGCCGCAGGGGAUGCAUGAUAGCGGGAACAUGCUUCUAUCGCUUUUCUUUCUAAAAAAUAUUUGCGA